UGUAACUACGGCGCCAGCCCCGCCCCCCAGCGUCGUGCACUUGCGCAGUUCCUGCCGUUGGUGUUGGUGCUGAGAGGAGCGCCAAAAGCCGGAGCAGGAGAGAGGAGGGUUAUAGAAGAGGAGGAUUAAAGAGAAGAAACUUGAAACAAAUCUGACAUCAAAAUCUAAUAUAGCCAUUAAGUUCAUCAGGACCUGAAUAUCAUCCGCCUUUAAGUAUAGAGAAAAGAGUGUGUGUUUGUUCUGUCUGCAGUAAAAAGAUUACAGACCUCAGUAAGACUGGAAAAGCACUGAUAUACAAGUCCAAAAUAUGGUGUUCUAGUGCAUUGCAUGUGGAAAGAGCUUUAACUAGUUACCCAACCUGGAAAAAGGGACCAUUUACAGUGGGAGACGUUGUACAUGGGUGUCUGGGCAAAACUCCAGCUGUUCACCUGCACCACGCCAUUGAGCCAUGGAGAAACCAUGGAAAUGUAGAGACUGCGGGAAAGGAUUCCGCUCACCAUCUGAGCUGGAAACCCACCGACGUGUUCACAAUGGGGAGAAGCCAUUCGUCUGUACUGAGUGUGGAAAGCAAUUCACUCAGUCAUCCCAUUUACUGUUACACCAGCGAGUCCACACUGGAGAGAGGCCAUUCUCCUGCUCAGAGUGUGGGAAUGGAUUCAGUGAUUCAUCCACCCUGAGGAAGCACCAGCGAGUCCACACUGGGGAACGGCCGUUCACCUGCUCCAUGUGUGGCAAGGGAUUCACUCAGUCCUCUAGCCUCCUGAGACACCAUUUCAGUCACACGAAUGAGAGACCUUUCAAAUGUGAUAACUGUGGGAAUGGCUUUAAAAGUUCUCAGGUACUGAUGGUCCACCAGCGCAUCCACACUGGUGAGAGACCAUUCAGCUGCUCUUACUGUGGCAAGAGGUUCAGAAAGUCAUCCAACCUGCUGGCACACCAGCGAGUUCACACUGGGGAGAGGCCAUUCAUCUGCUCAGUGUGUGAGAAGGGAUUCACCCGGGCAUCUCACCUGCAGACACACCAGCGAGUUCACACUGGGGAAAGACCAUUUACUUGCUCUCUGUGUGGAAAGGGAUUCACUCAGUCAUCCAGCCUACAGACACACCAGCGCGUUCACAAAUGAUUACAGGAGUUGGAUUCUGUUGUUAUUGCUGCUGCUAAUCACAUCCUGGACUGAUCCAUGUUCUCUGUUUGGAGAAGUGGAAGGGUUAGAGGGUUUCUUUCUGCUCGACUGGCUGACCUCAGGAUAUUGUUUCCAGUGGACUGAUGCUGUUUGACUUGGGAGUGUCCAUUUGCACUGAAAUCAUCCAGAAAAGCUGUGAAUGUGUUCUAAGCUGUGUUUGUUUUCCUGCCACACCAGGUAGAUGUGAAAAAAAUAAUCUGUCUCUAUUACUCGGCAGCACAUGGUCAGACCAGUUGACUUAAUUGUUCCAUUUCAGUGCUUAUGCUGCACAUAAGCCACACCCAUCCCUCCUCCUCUUCCUCUAUCAGUAUAUGGUAAUAUUUCUCUCUCUGUCUGUCUCUCUCCCCUGUAAGACAUUUCUCUUAAAUAUUUUCAACAACUCACCUUUGUAGUUAGCUCCACAUUUUCACCACUCAGUUAUGAAAGAUGCUUCUUGAGAAAUCUCUAUUAGAUCAUUGCUCUAGAGUGUAUGAAGAAUCGACUAAAGAUUUUAGAUAGUUUAAGUGAAUGGGCAAAAAACUCAGGCGAUCUGUAAUAUGGAAAAAUGGGAACUUGUACAUUCUGAUGAGAAGAAUAGAAAAACAGCAUUAGUUAAAUGAGGAGAGAUUGCAGAACUAAGGAACAGAGGGCCUGGGUAUCCCAGUACAUGAGUCGCAAAACUGCACUGUGCCGAUGCAGCAAAUGAUUAGGAAGCAAAUGGAACGUUGCUGCUUAUUGCAAGGACAAUAGAAUGUAAAGUACCGAAAGUUUGCUACAGUUGUAAAGGGAUUGAUGAAACCACGUCAGGAAUAUUGUCAGUUUGGUCUCCUUAUUUAAGUUGGGUUACAAAUGUGUUAAACUAGCUCUGAGAAGAUUUACUGAGCAGAUUCCUGGCACAGAGAAUGUUAUUUUAUGACAACAGGUUGGACAGACUGGGCUGUACCUACUGGAGUUUAGAAAAGAGGUAACUUUAUUUAAAAGACCCUGAAGGGACUUGAAUGUGAUUGCUGAAAAGAUGUUUCCCUGAGGAGGCGAGAACUAGGGAUCAAAGUUCAAAAAUGACCCUUCCAUUUAACAUGACGAUGAGAAUUAUGUUUUUCUGAGGAUCAGGACUCUAAAAGCCUCUUCCCCCUGACAGCAUCGAAGGCGGGGUCAUUGGAUAUUUUUAAGGUGGUGUCAGAUUAUUGACGAAGAUGGGAGUCAGAGUUUAUUAGGUGUCUGCAGGAAUGCAUGAUUGAGCCACAGUCAGAUCAGCCACGAUGUUAUUGAAUGGCAGAGCAGGCUGAAGGGUCUGAGAGGCCUACUCCUCCUAAUUCAUAAAAACAAAAAAGAAAACUGUAGAUGCUGGAGAAAGGGCUCUGGACCUGAAACAUUAACACUCUUUCUCUUCACGGAUACUGCCAGACCUGCUGUGUUUUCCCAGCAAUUUAUGUUUCCUCCUAAUUGAUGUGUGUUUGUUUUCUAGCCGUGUUAGCCACCCUCACUGCGUCCUCAGAAAAUUCAAUCACUGAUCAGAUAUGACUUCCCUUAUCACAUCCAUAUUGACUGUCCUUUAAUCCAUGCCUUUUUAAAUGGCAACUUUUACUGACAGAGUAAUAAGGUUUGAGAGAGACCCUACUUUAUAGGAUUCUAUUAGCAGACUUAAGUGCUAAAUACCUAGGAGUCAAAAGUAGUAAGAAAAGUGCUAGUUAGAAAUUAAUUAGUUAAUUGUACAAUGGGGUAUUUGAGGCUUUUGUGGUGCUGUGGUAGUGCCCCUACCUCUGGACCAGUGUCUGGAUUCAAGUCCCAGCUGAACCAGAGAUGUCAUAACAUGCGUGAACAGGUUAAUUAAACAUUUCCAAUAAUUAUUUUAAAGGACCCUGUAUCCCAGGGGUAGUGCUCCCACCUCAUCCCACCUCAUCCAGAAAGUUCUGGUUCAAGUCCUACUUGUGCCAGAACAUAUGAGUAAUUGAUUAAAAUUAUUAAAAUGUAUAUGAAGGAGAGCAAGUCAGAAGGAGUGCAGAGUUUUAUGAUUAUGUAAGUAGAAAUAAAACUGUGACCUAACAAC